GUUUCGGAAUGGCACGAACCAAACAAACUGCUCGCAAAUCAACUGGAGGUAAGGCGCCUCGAAAGCAGCUAGCCACCAAGGCUGCGCGCAAAAGUGCCCCAGCUACUGGGGGCGUGAAGAAGCCACAUAGGUACAGACCUGGAACUGUCGCACUCCGAGAAAUCCGUCGUUACCAGAAGAGUACCGAACUUCUGAUUCGCAAACUCCCAUUCCAGCGUUUGGUCCGAGAAAUCGCCCAAGACUUCAAAACCGAUCUACGAUUCCAGAGUUCAGCCGUGUCUGCUCUUCAGGAGGCCAGUGAAGCGUACUUGGUUGGACUGUUUGAAGAUACAAACUUGUGUGCUAUCCAUGCUAAGCGUGUCACUAUCAUGCCAAAAGAUAUCCAGUUGGCACGACGUAUACGUGGUGAACGA